AUGACCGCGAUGACCAUGACUCUCGAAACCAUGGCUUGCCGUGUGGAGAGCAUUCUGGGGCAUUGGCAAGCAGCGCUCGAGACGGCAGAACAAGGUGUACAGAUUUGCCCGAAAUAUGGGCCUCUUUGGUUUGUGCUCCUGCGUCAAGCCGAGAAACUCCAUGGAGCAGCGGCCGUGAAGGAGUAUGCGCCAAGCGCCAUUGCAAGCAUUUGCAGUGAACUGCAUUGGAAGAUACACUUUGAGGUCGCUACUGCCUGCAGCCGUCAAGGAGCACUGCCGCAGUGCCGGCAAAGCAUCGGAAGAGCUGCGUUGCAGUGCCCCAGGCAUUUGCGGUGGAAGGUGUGGCUGCUGGCUGCAAGGGCUGAGCUCUGGGAGGGUUCGGCGGAUGCGUGUCGAAGGCUUCUGGCGCAAGCGAGGAUCGAUGCUCCCAGCCGGAUGCAGGUUGCAGUGUGCUUAGAACGUGCCCGCACAGAGGAGUUUCUGGGAAAUCUGAAGGGCACUCGUGUAGCCUUCGGAGAAGCUCAUGCCUGUGAAGGGCAUGACUGGAAGGCCCACCUGUUGACCUCUGUGGAUUAG